AUGAUAGGCUGGGGAGAUAUAUACAAGGUGGUGGUAGCUAUGAUGCCACUCUAUGUAGCACUUAUUUUAGGCUAUGGUUCAGUGAAAUGGUGGCACGUGUUUAAGCCAGAACAAUGUUAUAUCAUCAAUAGAUUCAAUUGUUUUUUCAUUCUUCCCUUUUUCACUUUUCAAUUUAUAGCUGAUAUCAAUCCUUACAAUCUCAACUAUCUCUUUUUAACCGGAGAUGUAAUUGCCAAAGGCAUAUUGAUCCUGAUUUUCGUUUUAUGGGUUAACUUUUAUAAAAAGGGGAGUUUUUCUUGGUCCAUAACAAGGUUUUCUUUAUCCACCAUGAAUAACACACUUGUUGUUGGUGUUCCAUUGAUGAAAGCCAUGUAUUGGGAUUUAGGGCUUGAUCUUGUUGUUCAAGCAGCUGUGAUUCAAGUUUUGUUAUGGCUAACUUUAUUGUUGUUUGCACUUGAGUUUUGGAAAACAAAGAUGAACAAUAUUGGUGAUGAUGUAUUAGUAAUUAAUAAUUCUGUUGAAAUGGUGAGUAAUGGUGACUUGGACGAAAAUAUUCCUACAACUCAAAUAAGAAAUAACAAUAAUAAUGUUGUGCUGGUGAUACGAGUACGAUUGCGUAGAUGGACUUAUGAGGGCCUGGCGUUUAGGCCUUUGAUGAAAGUUGUUUUUAUUAAACUUGCUAAGAAUCCCAAUUCUUAUGCUUGCUUUGUUGGUCUCUUUUGGGCUCUUUUAACUAGCAGGUGGCAUUGUGAAAUGCCAAGCAUAAUAGAGGGAUCCAUUUUGAUAAUGUCAAAGGCUGGUAGUGGUGUUGCAAUGUUUAGUAUGGGGCAAUUCAUGGCUGUGCAAGAAAAAAUAAUGGCAUGUGGAGGUGCAUUGACAAUAUAUGCAAUGAUUUUGAGGUUUGUUGUUGGACCAGCAACAACGGCAUUUGGCUGUGUUGUACUGGGAUUGCGUGGAAAUGUUUUACGCAUUGCUAUUAUCCAGUCAGCAGUGGCUUCUUUCAUUUAUGCCCAAGAAUACGGACUUCAUGCUAACGUACUCAGUACUGCGGUCAUUGUUGGCACCAUUAUUUCCUUACCGUUGUUGAUAGCAUAUUAUGCAGUUUUGGAUAUAUUGCAUUAA